ACCCAGGUACAACAUGAGUUCAAUAUUGCCAUUGAGUGCCAUAUAUGCAGGGAUCUGAUUGGCCUGUCAGAGUAACAGAGAUUCUCCCAAUGGUUUCCAGCUAUAACAGUAUGCAAAACAUCAUUCAAGUACUCAUAGUAUUAAUGAGCUGAUGCCAUAUAUUCACAUUAUAUAUUUUAUUCAUUUUCUGCAGCAUGUACAGAAAUGGUAUUUAUUACUGAUACAAACAGAGUAUUCCUUGCCCCAUCCUAUUAGUCUUUAGUUAUCAUUGUGCCAUCUGGUGAUUAAUAAAGUAAGUGCUGUCCUGUGUUGUUGUGUUAUUUAUUUCUCCCCUUCACUCUUUCUAUUUCUCUGUAUAACCAGCGGCAUGCCUUCUACGUAAUGGAGUAUCUGAGCGGGGGCAGCCUGGAACAUGUGCUGGAGAAAUACGGCCGGAUGUCUAUCAGAGCAAUACGGUAAGUGGCAAGUGUGGUAAAUGGUACAAUAUCACUAAGAAAUAACUUUAUACUAAUUGCACCUGCAAAAAGAAAGUACAGUUUGUCUCUACUAGUUUAGUAGUCACUUAUUGCUCAUGUUAUUAAAAGAAAAGACUAACCAUGAUUUUCCUGUUUAAAAGGUUCCUUUCAGCAGAGAUGAUAUGUGGCCUACAAUUUCUGCACAGCGAGGGGAUCAUCCAUCGAGACAUCAAACCCCUCAACGUCUUAUUGGAUGACAAAGGCCACGCUAGGAUCUCAGACUUCGGCCUGGCUACGCAAAACGUCUUCAAGGACGACACCAUCACUGGCUGGGCCGGAACCCUGGGAUACAUGGCCCCGGAGAUUCUACAAGUAAAGCCAUAUAAUGCAGCAGUCGACUGGUGGUCACUUGGCGUCACCAUCUUUGAAAUGGCCACCGGCGACUCCCCAUUUACCAAAAGCAACAGAAAGGAACUCAUUGAUUCCAUCAUCAUGGAUAAUCCUUUAAUACCUCCAUGGCUGGAUGACAAUCUAAAAGAUCUUAUGAAAAUGCUCCUAAUAAAGAACCCAAGAAGACGCCUUGGUUUGCGAGGGAACAUCAGGUGCCACCCAUUUUAUAAGUCCAUCGAUUGGGCGGCACAGGAAGAAAAAGGAGCAGAAUCCCCUUUCCAGCCAAAAAAAGUAAGUACAUGAUUAGUGAAUUCAAAUUAGAAAUGAUUAUAGUCCUGGGUAAAUAACACUCAAUUGUGAAAAGUUUCUGGAAGUUUUAUUUAAGUAUUAAACACACAAGUCUCUAUAUGUUAAUUUCUGCUUUCCAAACAGCCAUCAGCAAAGGUCUUUGUUCCAUAUGAUGGGAAUCUGCCGUUCCUCCAGUCCAAGGAAGAUGAAGCUACAUCAGGGGACAACAAUAUCAUCUCUGGCUUUUCAUUCCUAAGUUCCUCCUGGCUGGAGUAAGUGAGUAUGUGAGUGUGUGAUCCAGCCAGUCAUGAUAACAUGCUGUUCCAUCUAGCAUAGGUACAUAAGAUCAGAGGACAGGGGGCAUAUCUGUGGGCUUCAACAUUAUCUCCAUUUGCUGCUCAAGGCCGUAUCAUCUCCUGCAUUUCCUUCCUUGGUAACAUCAGGCGCAGUCACUCAUGUGGUACAGGGCAGGUAAGUAUAAGGUGGGUAUAUAUAUGUGAGCGAAUGGUGAGUGAAUGUGAGAUAUGAAAGGAUAAGGGUGUAACGAGAAGGCAAGCAGAUGAUAAGAUCUCAGACUGCUUUGUCUUCCUGCACAUCAUGUCUAUAGAUCCUAUACCCUGUUAGUUUUAUAUAUAGUUCUAUAGUUCUGAUCACUUAAGUAGAAAUCCAGGUCAAGGGUUUUUUCCCUGUCUGAAGUAAGAUGGGGGUUUUUUUUUACCUUGUCCUGGUUUAAGUUUAGUUUUAUUCAAAUGAGCAAAGGGUGGGACGUCAUAGACACGUGCAGUUUAAUCCUCGUUUGUUGUCUUUGUUUGUCACGUUUGUCUUGUCUUGUGUGAGGCGUUACACCCGGCGUGCCAGUAACAGGGUUGAAGCCUUGGCGUGGCGUUACUGCUCACAUGUAUAAACAUGUGCUAAUUCAACCAAUGGUGAGAGUGUGAGUUAAGGAUUGUUUCAUUGGCAGAAUUUGUUGACCAAUAGAUUUAUUAAGGUCUCAUCUGUGUUGCAGAUUUGGAAUUGACUUCUAAUAUUUAUCUGAAAAGAAAGAGUUAACCUCUAAAUUAACUGUUAGUUUGACUUUGCAGUUGGUCUUCAUCUUUCACAAAUGUUGUGAUUUCUGACCCCCUCGCACACACUCACUGCCUGCCCACCACCAGUAGGGCACAGUUUAAGAGGUAGGAGAGGCUGGGUAGGGGGACAACUACACAGCUGACUCUGUGCCGUGGUCUGGACUCUCCUGCGGACUGUAGUAUGGUAGUUACACCACUGGCUUUUGUUCAGCAGCCUUCUGGGUUUGGGUAGGUCCCAGAGUAGGUCCAAUUUACCCUAGAAACCAGCCAGUGGUUCGAAUGAGAGACUCAAGAUAAAUAGCAAUAAGCCUGAAUAGAAAAAUUAGUGUAGGGACCCUGAGUUUUAGGUGUAGCAACUCAGGCAGUCCCCCUUUGUAUUUGGACUCCUAAGUGGUCCCAGGCAGCUAUGUCCCUUUUCCUGGGUCCAGAUUAAUUGAAGGUUUGACCACUAGGUGGCAGUAUGUAAAAAUAUAAAGGGGUUUAGCUCCAUGUGCACAGGCCAUGUCUUUCCUUGGACCUCAGCUCUCUGGGAGGUGUUACAGGCCCAAGGCUGCAGUUUUGGUAAACAUUAGAAAUAUAGUGCUAGUAGUGCUAGUAAGUUUGUCAUAGUUGCUCUAGGAGCAAGAGGCAGGCUCAGGGAAGAUAGUGAGCAGCUUCCGCUCCAACGAGGAGAAAUAGUGGGGUCAGGACCCUGUGGUGAGUCCACCACUAGUGCAGGGACUUCAGUGGGUGAGUGGAGGACCAGUGAGGGUGCCUAGAUGCAAGACCCCAGGCUGAGUAUCCCUGCGCACAAAGCUCUACUUCAUGGGAGGAAUUGCCCCAGGAGCAUGGUAACCUAUAUCCUACCUAUUUCCCUUCUGAAAGGGGAUUCUGCUAUUAUUAUUCUGCUUGACAUCAAAGUGUCUGUAAAUGACUUCAUUGCAACUGUUUGCUGCUAAUAAACCUGUUAUUCUGCUGUAAGAAACCAUCUCCGUGACUGGAUCCUUUGCUACAUGGAACUACACAAGGUACCGAGAGUUGUAGAGAGUUGCUUGGGUACACGUGGAUCACUGGCACAGUACAAGCAGACCUAGUCCUGGUCAACCAAUAUAAUUCACACCUCUAAAGUGCACUCAAGGGUGUGCUACAUCAGUGAUAAUAAAAUAACAAUAAAACGAUAGCUUUAGAAAACAAUAGUUUUAUAAGGUGCUGGGGUCAAAGAGUAUAGUCCUGCAGAGGUCGG